AUGGGCCACACAUCUGUCUCAUCGAGGCGAAUUUCGCCACGUGGCAGUCCGCCAAACUUGCGGAGAACACCACCAAAGAUUCGAAAGAUUCUGGUGAUCAAGGAAAAGAGAGCCGCUGAAACAGAAGAUCCAGUGAUGGAUGAGCUAUUGUUGGCAUCGAAAUUAAAACGAGUCGACUCGGCGACAGGAUGUGUCUCUCCACGUGCGCCUUCUACCGACAUCGCUCCCACCGUCCCACCAACCUCAACCACCACUGCCACAGUCCCCCGUCCAACCCAGAAAGCACCAAAAACUCCAUACGUCAUUCUGCCAGCUUGUGAUACUUUCGAAAAGUUCCGGAAGACUAGCCGAGUGUCGGUAGAUAUCGGAGGGACACUGAUUAAAGUUGUCUACUCGUCAGUGAUGGAUGACGAGUUACCAGAGGAAAAGAAUGGACAGAAGCGGAAGUAUGCCUAUGAAGAUGGCAAGAGAGUGCUUGUCAACUUCAAGAAGUUCACCGAUUUGGACAGGCUAAUCAACUUUUUGAGAGAGGUAUGGACAGACCGUAAAGCCGGAGAUGUCAUCCAUUGCACUGGCGGGGGAUCAUACAAAUAUUCUGAAAUUAUAAUGAAAGAAUUGGGUGUUCGCCUACAAAGAACCGACGAAAUGCGCUCAUUGAUCUAUGGAGUAAACUUCCUUUUGAGCACAAAUGUCGACGAGAGUUUCACUUAUCAUCAUGACGCUAUUGGACUCAAUAAAUUCCAAUACCGCCCGAUUGCUGCCGACUUGAUCUACCCGUUUCUUCUUGUCAAUAUCGGAACUGGUAUCAGUAUUCUGAAAGUGGAUUCGCCAACGAGUUAUGAAAGAGUUGGUGGAAGUUCGAUGGGUGGUGGAACUUUUAUGGGACUCGGAAGUCUUUUGACACCUGCACAAAAUUUCGAUGAACUUCUCGAAAUGGCGAACAAAGGAGACCAUCGAAAUGUGGAUAAGUUGGUCAGUGACAUAUACGGUGGAUCGUAUGAUGAACUCAAACUGAAAGCUGAUCUCAUCGCUGGAUCAAUGGCAAAAUGUAAUAGGUUCGGAGAGACGCCAAAGAAACAAGUGCAUAAGCCAGAAGACAUUGCAAAGUCACUUCUUCUGAUGGUCAGCAAUAAUAUUGGACAGAUGGCAUAUUUAUACGGUACCCGAUACAAUUUGAAGAGGAUAUACUUUGGAGGAUACUUCAUUCGACAAGAUCCCAUCACCAUGAGAACUCUCUCGUUUGCUAUAAAUUAUUGGAGCAGGGGAGAAAUCGAAGCAUUGUAUUUGAAACACGAAGGAUAUCUGGGUGCGAUGGGAUCAUUCUUAGACGAAGAAGGCAAAUUGGAUGAUUAA